AUGCUGCAAUCACGGAACGUCAACAAGGAAAACGCGUUCGUCGUACCUCCGAAGACACCUGCUGCGAAGGCAUUGAAGUUUGGCACGAAAACGCCGUUUGGUGCGAAGACGCCGUUUGGAGCCGAGAAUGUGCGCGCGCCGAUGACACUGAAGGGGGGAGCAAAGUUCAAUUCGGACGCAUUUAUUACGCCGAUUGGACCAAGAAGAAUUCCUCUAGGGGUACAGAACACCAAUGUCCGCAAGCUCGCACCACCGUCAACAGGUAAACCACAACAAAGCCGUCUCUCAUCCGCAAAACGCCGAACACCCAAACAAGCAUCACCAGAAGUCUUCAAAGAUGUAAAUCAGCAGCUUUCGCAGAAACUUGAACAGGCACAGAUUGCUGAGGAGGAGGUUGAGAUCCCGGAUAUCGAGUAUAUGCCACCUCGUGGACCAGAAAUCCCAUGGGAACCAGAAAACUACUCCCCAGUCAACUGGUCUACUCUCCGCAACUACCGACCAUCCGUCAGUGCAUACAUGGACCGCCUCGACGACCAAGGACGUACAUACAUUGAACGCGAAGAUGCGGAACUCUUCAAGGACCCGGUCUUUGAGGAGCUCCCUGUGGGUCCAGAGGUGGAGGUGGAGAAAGUGGUAGCAGAGAAGAAGGAGGUGAAGACGGUGGAGAGGAAGAGAAGUACGAGGAAUACGGGCGGGGUGCCAAGUUAUUUGAUGCCGACUGCUGCGGCGAGGGCGAGGCAGGUCAAUCCUAAUGCAUCUGCUGGGGAGUCUACGCGGAGGACAGUUUUGAGUACGGUUACGAGGAAGCCGAUUGUCAGUUCAGGACCGUCAUCGCUGACAACUUCGCGCAUGACACGUCCCACCCAACCCAAGUACGAACCGAUGUUUGCAGGCAUGAAGCUUGAUGUGUAUGAGUCUGACGAAGACGAUACGUUCCGAAUUGAAGUUUGA